UUCCAGAUGGCAGGUCGCCGGUGGGCCGCGACGCCAGCCCUCUGCGUGUGCGUGGCAGCCGUCUCCCUCCUGCACGCCGGCGGGGUGCGGGCGGACUGCUGGCUCAUCGAGGGGGACAAGGGUUUCGUCUGGCUGGCCAUCUGCAGCCAAAACCAGCCCCCCUACGAGUCCAUCCCCCAGCAGAUCAACAGCACCAUCGUGGACUUGCGGCUGAACGACAACAAGAUCAAGAGCGUGCAGUACGCCUCGCUCAGCCGCUUCGGCAACCUGACAUACCUCAACCUGACGAAGAACGAGAUCUCCUACAUCGAGGACGGUGCCUUUUCGGGACAGUUCAACCUCCAGGUGCUGCAGCUGGGUUACAACCGACUGAGGAACCUCACUGAGGGCAUCCUGCGGGGCCUGGGGAAGCUGGAGUACCUCUAUCUCCAGGCCAACCUCAUCGAGUCCGUCACCCCCAACGCCUUCUGGGAGUGCCCCAACAUAGUGAACAUUGACCUGUCCAUGAACAGGAUCCAGAGACUCGACAGCAACACUUUUAGGGGCUUAAACAAGCUCUCUGUCUGUGAACUCUACAGUAACCCCUUCUACUGCUCCUGUGAGCUCCUCGGCUUCCUGCAAUGGCUGGAGGCGUUCACCAACAUGACACGCACUUAUGACCGGAUGCAGUGCGACUCCCCACCGGACUACAUGGGCUACUACUUGUUAGGCCAAGGCCGGACUGGCUACCGCAAUGCUCUGAGCAUGCUCUCGUCCCUUUGCACCGGUGGCUCCUACACUGUGAUCCCUCGUUUUAUCCCUCCCCGCUACCAAGUGACCACAGCACCCUCCGAGAGCCCGUGCUCUGAGGAGGAGUGCUCCUCCGGUGACGGCACCACCCCACAGUUCUCCCUCUUCACGCCCAUCGGCGAGACAGAGGUGCGCCCUAACAUCCAGGUGAAGCACCUCAACCACAACUCGGCCGUCCUCACCGUGCAGAUCCCCUACCCCUUCAGCAAGAUGUACAUCCUCUCCCAGUUUGAAAACGGCUUCUCCUCCAUGAUCACCAAGCUCAGGAAGAAGGAGGAGAACAUCACCGUGAGCAACCUAGUAGCACAAAGAGAUUACACCUACUGUGUGGUCUCUGUCCACCAAUACUCCAAGUACAACCACACCUGUGUCACCAUCACGCCCACCAGACCCAACCGCAAGGAGCCGGUGCCCACCCCUUCCACUGCCACCCAUUAUAUCAUGACAAUCCUGGGCUGUCUCUUUGGCAUGGUGAUCGUCUUGGGCGUCGUGUAUUACUGUCUCCGAAAGAGGCGCCAGCAAGAAGAGAAGCACAAAAAGGCUGCCGGCAGCAUGAAGAAGACCAUCAUUGAGCUGAAAUACGGGCCAGAAAUGGAGACCACCAGCAUCACCCAGCUGUCCCAAGGACAGAUGCUGGGCGGGGAGACGGUGACCCGCAUCCCCUACCUGCCUUCCGCUGGAGAGGUCGAGCAGUACAAGCUGAUCGACAGCAGUGAGACCCCCAAGGCUACCAAGGGCAACUACAUGGAGGUGAGGACAGGGGAGCAGCCUGAGAGGCGAGACUGUGAGCUGUCCCUGCCACCGGACACCCAGAGCUCCGUGGCCGAGAUCUCCACCAUUGCCAAGGAGGUGGACAAGGUGAACCAGAUCAUCAACAACUGCAUCGAUGCCUUGAAAUCUGAGUCCACCUCCUUCCAAGGGGUGAAAUCGGGGGCAGUUUCCACAGUGGAGCCUCAGCUGGUGCUCUUAUCAGAGCAGAUCCCCAGCAAGCACGGGUUCCUCUCCCCUGUCUACAAGGAAAGCUACAACCACCCCCUCCAGCGGCACCACAGCAUGGAGGCCGCCCCCAAACGCUCCAGCACCUCUUCCAGCGGCUCCAUACGGAGCCCCAGGUCCUACCGCUCCGAGGGAUCGGGCCACAAAUCAGAAGCCAAAUACAUCGAGAAGACGUCCCCCACCACUGACACCAUCCUCACUGUGACACCGGCCGCGGCCAUCCUGCGGGCGGAGGCGGAGAAGAUCCGGCAGUACAGCGAACACCGGCACUCGUACCCCGGCUCGCACCAGGGGGAGCAGCACGACAGCAUGGCGGGGCGAAAGCCCUCCAUCCUGGAGCCUCUGACCCGUCCUCGCCCCAGAGACCUGGCCUAUUCCCAGCUCUCGCCCCAAUACCACAACCUGAGCUACACCUCCAGCCCCGAGUACACCUGCAAACCUUCGCACAGCAUCUGGGAGCGCUUCAAACUCAACCGCAAGCGGCACAAAGACGAGGAGGAGUACAUGGCAGCCGGCCAUGCCCUACGCAAAAAGGUCCAGUUUGCCAAAGACGAGGAUCUUCACGACAUCUUAGACUACUGGAAGGGCGUCUCUGCCCAGCAAAAGUCCUGA